GCCAGCAGGGGCGCUAGCGGUCCCUCUCCGGCUCAUUGUUUGGGUCUCAGUGUAGCUCUGCUCUGCCGGCAGAGAGAGGGACGGGUUGGUGGAAAAUGGCGGACGGUGUGGAUCACAUCGAUAUCUACGCCGACGUAGAGGAGGAAUUCAAUCAGGAAGCCGACUACCCGGUCCACGACCAGAUCGAUCUGUAUGAUGAUGUAAUAUCUCCAUCAGCCAACAAUGGAGAUGCUCCGGAGGACCGCGACUAUCUGGACACACUGCCUACACAGGGUGGCUCAGAGGGAGGGAAGAGUUCCCAACCCAACGUGGUGUACACCUACACAGGCAAAAGGAUUGCCCUGUACAUAGGAAACCUAACAUGGUGGACGACUGACGAGGACCUGACAGAAGCUAUCCGGUCGGUCGGCAUCACAGAUGUGCUGGAGAUCAAGUUCUUUGAAAACAGAGCCAAUGGCCAGUCAAAAGGGUUUGCACUGGUGUGUGUGGGCUCAGAGUCAUCUUCCAGGAAGUUGAUGGAGCUGCUGUCGAAGAGGGAGCUCCAUGGUCAGAAUCCCAUCGUCACGCCGUGCAACAAACAGUCCCUCAGCCAGUUUGAGAUGCAGUCACGCAAAACGUUAUCCCCUCAUUUCCAAGGUGCCCAGUCAGGCCAGAUGUCCGGGGAAGGCAAAGCCGGCCCCCCUGGCGGUGGCCUUCGUGGAGGAGGUUUCCCCAUGGGUCGAGGCAGAGGCAGAUUCCCCGGACCACCGGGACCUGGAGGCGACCGCUUCCCUUGUCCACCCGGACCCGGAGGACCACCUCCACAUUUCCCUGGCUCGGGAAUGAGACCAGACCUGAUUAGGCACCAAGAUGGCCCUCUGAUGGAUAUGAGUUUCAAUCCCUUCCCGCCGGGGGGCAGGAACGGGAACUGGCGUGGCAGAGGUGGGAUGCAAGGUCCACCACGUCCCCCUCCUGGUCCACUCGGACCCCCUGGUCCACUCGGACCUCCACCUCCUGGCCAGGGUCUCCCCCCUCUCCACCCUGGUCCUCCAAAUCGUGGUGACAGGCUUCCUCCCCCUGUUCUCUUCCCUGGUCAGUUUGGCCAGCCUCCCAUGGGCCCCCUGCCCCCAGGCCCCCCACCUCCAGGUUACGGUCCUCCUCCUGGUCCCCCACCGCCUCAACAGGGCCCACCUCCCCCGGGACCCUUCCCUCUGCGCCCCCCAGGCCCCCUUGGGCCCCCAAUGUCUUUGGCUCCACCUCCACACAUGCCAGGUCCUCCACCAGGUGGACCACCACCAGCACCCCAUGUCAACCCUGCAUUCUUCCCCCCACCUGGCAACAACAACAACAUGCCCCCCAACGACAACCGAGGCCCCCCCGGACCAAACGACCUAUACGGACGCCCGCCACCAUAUGACAGAGGGGACUACGGUCCUGGAGGCCGGGAAAUGGAGGUGUCCCGGACCCCACUGAGCGAGGCAGAGUUUGAGGAGAUCAUGAACAGGAACAGAGCCAUCUCCUCCAGCGCAAUUUCUCGAGCAGUGUCUGACGCCAGUGCAGCUGACUAUGGCAGUGCCAUAGAGACCUUGGUGACAGCCAUCAGUCUGAUUAAACAGUCCAAAGUGUCGGCGGACGACCGCUGUAAGGUCCUGAUCAGUUCCCUGCAGGACUGUCUCCACGGCAUUGAGUCAAAAAGCUACGGUUCUGCCUCUAGUCCAAUGAUGCUUCUCAAUGCCAGACGAGAACGUUCCAGGGAACGGGACCAUAGCCGCUCCAGAGAAAAGAGCCGGCGUCACAAGUCUCGCAGCCGCGAUAGGCAUGAAGACUAUUACAGAGAACGCAGCCGGGAGCGCGACCGCCAUCGUGAGCGGGACAGGGACCGAGACCGCGAGAGAGAGCGCGAAAGGGAGUACCGACACCGCUAGACGAUAAGAAAGCUAACGAGGAUCAUGGAUGGAUGGAAGGAAAAGGAGGAAGGAUUUCAUUGCGCCACCACCUCCCCGCUCUGCAUGACCGGACAGGAUCAAAGCACCACCUCCUCCUCCAUCUCUCCUGUCCACCAUACUUCUCUCUUGUCUGUUCAUUUUGUCUGCCUGAAUAAGAGCAGUGGAUGGAAGACCCUGACCUGUGUAAGGCUAUGUUAUCCAAACAUCUAUACUCAUGUUAACUAAAGAUGAAAGAAAAGAAACUUUCCAGACAGUUCUUUUAUUUUUAUGAUGUUUUAUUUGACAAGAAAAUGACUGUGUGAUGCUUUUUUUUGUUGCGAAGAAACGAUAAAAUGGCCCACCGAUUCCUUUCUAGAAGACACAAACAUCACAUCCCGUUUGCUUUUUAUUUUCCAUUGGCUCGCUGUACUGUGUACAUUCAGUUUAGAGAUCAGUUUUUAUAGGGUACAUAUUUGGUGUGUUCUCCCCACCCCCUCCUCAUUCUCAUUUAUUCUUUUUGUUGUUAGAAUGUUUGUAAAUGUCUGCUUUUGAUUAAAAACUAGAUGGUGUUGUAAUAAAAAAUGUUUACUGAUGUA